AUGGCAGACCUGAUACCAAGCGGCACGAAGAUCCAGGCGUCCGCCUCAGCACCGGGCACGCGCCGCGCCUCCGUCCUCGCCGAAGACGACGAGGCAUGGACGGCCCCCUCGAGCCCGGCACACCUGGUCCUCGGGUUCCCGGCCCCGAUCACCCCGGCACGGAUAGCGCUCACCUUCCAAGGCGGGUUUGUGGCCCUCUCUAUCCUCGUCAGCGUGCGGCGGGACGGCGAGAACGGGUUCGAGGCCGCCGGGAGGGUGUACCCCGAGGACGUGAACCGGCGGCAGGUGCUCUCCCUGCCUUACCCCGACGCCGCCGACGCACCGGCCAUCACCGCCCUCCGACUCGACCUUGAGAACUCGUCCGACCACCAUGGCCGCGUGACUCUCUACCGUCUCGAACUGCUGCCCCCGGCAUAGCACGACGUUACGCUCAGACUCCUGCACCAGCCUCCUCACUACGCGGCCCCUCUACACCCCCGCACCCCACACCCCUCGGCGUCACUGUUGCAUGCCACCUCCGCCAGGGCCGGUUGACGACACCCGGGGUUGCUAUAUAUUUUCGUCGUCUACAAUUCUACUCCUCCUCCACACCCCCGCCACGCCCGAUGCCAAUGCAAGGUAUGGGAGCAUGAUACCGACAGUGUGCUGUGUGUUGUGUUGGUUGUGUGUGACUUUGUGUCGUGUUGUUGUUGUUGCUGUGUUGUUGUGGGCCGACUCAAUGCUUGGUGGGUUGUUGCAGUGCUGAUCUUCUCGUUCUUCUUGCAGUGCUUGAUUCCUCAACACCAUACAAACCAUACAAACAACAAGAUCGUACAAUUUUUCGGAAAGACUGAUACAGGUUCGAUUCGAGAUGUCGAGAGCGACGGGGCCGGUCUUUUAAAAAUCGUCAAGAUCCGGCUUCGGCAGCGAGGCCGAGUGGGGCGAGUUGUGGAACGUCGGCCCGGCGUACUUUGGUCCGCCGAGAGGGACGCCACUCGCCUGGUUGAUGCGCGGGAACUGGCCCACGAUCGGGAGUGAGAUCACGCCAGGCAGGCCCGAGGGCACGGGCGAGGCGCGAGAGUUGGCGGCGGUCCGCACCGGGGUCUGGGGAGCCCGGUGGACGUUGUAGCCAGUGUGGAAGGGAGAGUUGUCAAAAGCGGCUGCCGAGUGGUUGCGCGGCAUCAUGGACGCAAUCGCUGCCGCUGCGGGGUGGUGGUCAAGCGACUGGCGGCGGUCGUGUGUAGGUCGCUCGGGCUUGAGCGUCACAGCGGUGCUGCCCUUGGCGCGCCGGCGCUGGUCGGCAGUUGAAGAACGUGUCGAGCGCUUGGAAGGCGUGUCUUCGGCGCCUAGUUGCUGCUGCCAGUUCAACGGCUGAGGGGCGGACGGUGCAUCGAGCGGCAUGUCCCAGCCCUGGCCGUCAGCCUUCUUGCCGUUGGCAGUGGCAAAGAAGCCCUCGGUAGGGAGAGACUGGCUCAGAGAAGUCACGUCAAAAGACGAGUCGGGUGUCGCAGCAGCCUCGGCAGCCGCCUUUCCGCCCCGCUUCUUCUUCUGCGUCUUUUUGUUGUUGGCCGGAGGUGACGCCUGCGAAGCCCGCUGGGAGCGGGUCACGGGCCGUUCGGCCUCUGAUCCAGUGUCUUCCCUGCCAGAGACAGGAGCAGAAGUGGCCAUGCCGCCUUGCGCGAGAUCCAUGCGUUCCUUGUUGAGCCUUAAGAGGCCCUUCUUCGGCGCCGGGCUGGGGGCGACACCGAGGAGCUCAAACAGCUCGGGGUGGUCCUCGUCGCCAGUGUCUAGUGCGUCCGAGCCAGCAGCGUCUUGCGGAGUUCCGUUGCCUGAAGCGCGAGCUCCACGCUUACGGGGGCCGCGUCGGCGUCCAGCUGGGGCGCCAUCGUUGCGAGUGCCGUCGACUUCACCCAAUGGCAUGGUACUAGGGGCGUGCUUGCUUCGGGGUGAGUGGAUGCGUGUUGGCGUGUUGGAGCGGGGAGAGCCGGGAAGGGCGCUUGGUGGCUGCUGCUUGAACGAUGAGACGGGGAGCUGGAGUUGGUGGCUUGAGCGUCGAGGUGGUGGUGCAGAGCGGAGGCUCAUCCUAGGAAGUUGGUGAGUUGGCGUAGUGUGUGGGUCGAGUGGUGUGAGGUACCAACAAGACUCGAGGAUGUGGGGGGGUUUAAGUAGGUGUCGCGAGGCGAGUUGACUUGCGACAAGGGACGGGAGGGGGGGGAUGAGAUGGCGUGGGUGCUAUUAGGUUGCGGGGUUGUUGUUCAGGCCAGCCUGUUUGCUUGAUUGGAGGGUGGAACAAAAUGGUCUGAAUGGAACAAAUAUAAAAGUGGGGAGGAGAGGGGAGUCGUGGAGAGAUGGGGGGAGGGAGGCGUGAAGCCUGUCUCUGACAGGAGAGGUAGAUGUUGUGUGUCGUGGAAGAAUGUGGGUGAUUGUGUGAUGCACACAGAG